CUCAGCUCCCAUCUACCCUCCCAGUCGUCCUCAUCGCAGAAAUACUCCUCUUUCUGCCCCCCUCCAUCUCCUUCCGGACCAUCCUUUCAAGUCCUCGCGCCACCCCCCCUCUUCCCUCCCCUCCCUACCCGAUUUUUUUUUAGAGAAGCGAGAGAGGCCAUGUCCGAUUCAGACGAAGUGAACUGUGGCUCUGGUGGUGGCUCAGACGCCUUUUUGGGUCUCCGGAUAGCGUCUGUGUUCAUCAUCUGGGCUGGGAGCUCGUUUGGAGCGGUGUUCCCCGUGCUCGCAAGACAGUCAACGCUGGUCAAUGUCCCGAAGUGGCUCUUCGACUUUGCAAAAUAUUUUGGAUCAGGAGUCAUCAUCGGCACGGCCUUCAUCCAUCUACUAAGCCCCGCGCUCGACGAACUAGGAGGCGACGCACCCUGUCUCUCACCCGCAUGGCAAGAAUAUCCCUACGCCCUCGCCCUCGCCCUCCUCUCCAUCUUCUCCAUCUUCAUCGUCGAACUCAUGGCCUUCCGUAUCGGGACGGCCAAGCUUCAGAAACUCGGCAUCCACCACGAUGCCCACGGACACGGAAUCGGCGCGCUAGCAGCUCACGGCCCAGAGAGCCAACGCGCAGGAGAAGCAGAGUCAGGUCCCGGGGCUGGUGGCGAGGCGACGAUCCAAGAAGAAGAUAAAGGGACCGGAACCGAGACUGAUAUCGAUCUCGAGAGUGCCAGUGCGAAUAAAAUGAAACAUGGGCAUGGGCAUCAUUACGCGACGGACGAGCACGGGCAUUCGCACGAGAACGCGGUCGCGGCGCAGAUCAUUGGGGUUGCGAUUUUGGAGUUUGGUGUGCUUCUGCAUAGUGUCCUGAUUGGCCUCACAUUAGCCGUGAACGAGGACUUCAAGGUUCUCUUCAUCGUCAUCAUCUUCCACCAGCUCUUCGAAGGCCUCGGUAUUGGUUCCCGCCUAGCCUACCUAACCCUCCCCAAAAAAUACACCCACAUCCCCCUCCUCGCCGCCCUCCUCUACGGCCUCACAACUCCCCUCGGCAUCGCCGUCGGCCUCGGCGUCCGCACGACAUACAACCCCGACUCUGCGCGCGCGAGCAUCGUUUCCGGUGUCCUGGACGCAUUAAGUGCAGGGAUAUUGAUUUAUACGGGAUUGGUGGAGUUGUUGGCGCAUGAGUUUUUGUUUAGUAGAGAGAUGAGGGAGGCGAGUAAUAUGAAGUUGGGGUAUGCGGUGGGGUGUAUGUUGCUGGGGUGUGGGUUGAUGGCGUUGUUGGGGAAGUGGGCGUGAGUGCGUUUGUGCGUUUGUGUGUGUGCGUGCGUGUUUGUGUCUGUGUGCGUUAUUUUUGGUUACUAUUGGAGAGGAUGUACGACUUGUCUUUCUUGCUUGGACUUGGAGACGUUGUUUGUGUGCUUGUUGUUUGCUGGUGCUGGUGCUCGUGUUCAACCAUCGAUAGCCCCCCUCCCCCUCUCCCUCCCCCCACCCCCACCCCCUCCCACCCCCAUCCAUUCUCUUUAUUCCUGUUUGCUUCCAUCCCACCCUCACGCUUGUAGAAGUCUCACUGUUUCGAUCGUGUAUCUAAUGCCUACCUGCCACGACGACGACGACGACGGAGAAGUUCAAUAUAUAAUGAACAAAAACUGUAUUCAUGACUCC